AUGGAUCGCCCGCUCGCAUUUCGUUUCGUGGCUCUUGUGGAUCGAGCCAAGACUCCCAGUGCCAUCUCAAGCGCUCUUGCCUGCCCUUGCUUCGGAGAUCUUCCAAGCGAGGGAAGCGAAAUGCGUGGGCCGGAAGCUCCCCGCUCGUCUCACAUUGAUGGGGCGGAUACGAAGAUCACGACGCAAGAUGGUGGUGUUCAUGCUGCUUCUCUCACGAGUAGAGGUAGAGAAGAAGGAGAUGCAAAGAUUGCCACAGCAACAAGCCUGAGCGGCGCCACCAACAUGCUCGAACAGAUGCGGCAGAUCUGGUUGUCAGGUUCGAUCAUGGGCCUCAUCGAUACCAGUGUUAUCGGGACCAGCAGCUCCUUGGAGCUUGCAGCUCUUGGCUUUUUCUUUGUGGAUUCCUCCUCUUUUUUUCUGUUGUUUUUCCUUGCGAUGGUUUAUCGUUCUUGUCUGUGGCGACUUCCAAUAUUUGUUGGAGAGAAGAAUUUGGCACUCGUUCCUGCAGCUGCGAGGUACAGUCCGUUGAGAGCACUGCUGGUUGCAAGCGUCGUGAAUGGCGCUGGAGAUGUUUUGCUGUGUACAUUUCUUGGGUAUGGAAUCGCUAGUGCCUUCUUUAAAAGCCAAACGUGACUCUCUUCCCUUGGC